AUGCAUCCUCUACCAUCCAACGACGAGCUGUGUGGACGUCUCGACGGCAUCUAUCUUGGCAACGCGAACAUUGCUUCUGAACUGCAGUGGACCCAAGCUCGCCGAUGCCUCAUACUUAUGCGGAAACCACUUUCUGCUGCACAGAUCCCUCCACCUAUCAUGCUACAUGGCUGCUUCAAAAUUGUUCGAAACCCGUUCUACCUGUUCCCCAAUGGUGGCUUCAAUAGUGACCACCAUAGGUCAGCGAAAACCUCGGACAAAGAUGCUAUGGGAAAAACUAACACCUCCGCAUGGCUUGAGCGCGUUCUGGACCCAACGCUGCUUGGAUAUGAGGAUUUUCCCAUGUAUAUCAGUAACCUGAAGGCUCUAGAGGCUCUUGUCUGUUCUGGUCAAAAAUCACAGUACUCCAUUAUUACGGAUGGGGGCUCUCUUGGCCAUGAAGUUCAAGUCAUUCACCGAAUGUUCAAGAAAAGGCUCAAGAUCAUUAUGAAAGGAUACCUCAUAGCCUUGACGAAAACACAGAGAGUUUACAAACUCACCAAUAACUUUUCUUUAAUUAUGUUGGUGAUAGGCCCGGUAUCCACAUCAAGCGCUCAAACCUCAGGCUCUAAGAAAACUGCGUCUAGGGUGAAUGCAGAUCAAAAUCCAAACACACGUGCUGUGAUGGAGAAUAUACCAGGUCCCCCACAUGUCUACAAAAACCAAGAACAGACACCCCUAGGCCAGAUUAUUGGUCUUACAGAAACAGGGCCUCAUGUUCUUGUCCUGGCCACUCCGUCACCAAAGGGAAAAAGUACAGAAAGCGAUGACAGCGAAAGCGACUUGAAGGGUCUCAUUUACAACGAUGAAGAAUCUGACAAGGAAUUCCUGACUGCAGAGUUCAGACUUGAACACUGGUCCAUGUCAAACAUCAACACACCCAUCCGAGACUGCAUGGUGGAAAGCAAAGGAUGGCUCACAAACCCGCUACGAUGUGAAGGAAAGCACGCAACCUUCACAGCAAACAUUGGUGAAGUCAUUGUGUUGAAGGAACCUGAGGUGCUGCCAAGUUACUGA